UCUACAUCCAUGUAUGGGGAAUAAAAUAUUUCGAAUUAAUGCGACCGUGACCAAAGUUGCAUCCAUUUCAACUUUGUCACGAUGCGACGAACGGCCAUCGCCUGCCUCUUCAGCCUGGCAGCGCUCACGGACGCAGCCGCAUUGCCGCCGAUCCUGCCGCAAGCCCUCGGCGGCGCUAUCGACGCCUUCAAGCCCGUCGUCGCAGCGUACGCAGCGAGCGCGCUCCCGGCGGCUAUUGGCAACUGCUCGGCUGGCGCGCCCAAGCCGUGCGAGAACAUUGGCGACUUGUACGCAACAACGACGAGCCUCUACAACUUGCGCGCGCGCUGGCUCGGCGGUCUCAACACGCUUAGCCUCGACGCGCUCAGCGUGACGUCGGACGUCAACGGCAGCAUCACGGCCGCCGCGACCGUGACGUUUGCAUCGUUGCCAAUGAGCCUCCAAGUGGACGCAUGUCUGCCUGGCGUCGGUUGCAACCCACUGCUUGACAACACGGACACGUGCUGCGGCGGCCCCAAGACGAUUCAAGUGACCGCGGUCGCCACGUGCAACGAGACGUUUCCGUUUCUGCGCAACGUGACGCUGACGCGCGUCCAGAUUGCGCCGGCGCUCGAGAUCAAGUACAAUGUGAGCGGCAAGUCCGUGACGCUCUUUGAUGCGACGUCGCUUGUGCAGACGCAGAUCGCGACGCAAGGCUCGGCGUUUCUCCAGGCCCAAGCCAUGGGCCCGAUCAACGACAAGAUCAAGUCGUUCUUUGGCAGCACCAUCUUUUGCACGCAAGAGUCGCAGCUGGCGUGGCUCGCAAAGAACCCGAUCUCGAGCGGCAGCGGUGCAACGACCGCGCCGAAAACCACCAAGCCGUCGUCCAGUUCCGCGGCAAGUGCCCUGCGCUCGCCACUCGCUCUGCUCACAAGCCUUGCUGCUGUCGUCGUCGUACAGCUUAGUCCAGUGUAAAGUACUUCACUCGUAGUGCAAAUCGCUUAUACGUUAUUGUGGGAUUCAGUGAAUACCAAGAGCAACGAAAGGUAGUCGAUAAGCUCGAAAGGUAUGAAAACACAAGAUUCUAUUGGAG